AUGGCGAUUCCGUCGGCAUUCAGAGAAAGACUUGAACAGAUGGAGCAGAGCAGAAACGAGCGUCUCUCUAUUCUUCAGUCGGAGAAAGAGCUCCAGCAAAGCAAGUCUCAGGUGUUGGCCUCCAGACUCUCCAACAUCGCAUCCAUGGAACAGCGUUGCCUCAAGCUUGAUCGCAAAAUUGCUUCCCAAUACUUGUUUAUCUCUUCUCUCAAGUCUCGCCUCCACCGGCUCGAUGCUGAUUAUCUCCAGAAUCUUCAGAAACACAGGGAUUUGAAGGAUGAGGUAGACAAUUUGGAAGAGUUAGAGAAAGAGGAACAGAGCUAUUACAGUUUAGGAAGUCGAGAAAUGGAGGAAUUCAGGGAACAGGUGGGUAAUUUCCUGGUUGAAUGCCAGGUACAAGUGGAGGAAUUGAGGAAUCACGUCAAUGAGCUCAAGGCAAGAUUUGCACAACUUCUAGGCAACCUUAACCAUUCAAAUAAUUCUGAGAUUGCUGCUGCUGAGAUGAGAAAAACACAACUUCUCGCUACCAAGGAGAAUUUGGAGAAAAACUUGGCAUUGAAUUACCAACUGCGGGAGCAGUUAACUAACCUACUUCUCAGUACAUUGAUGGGCCAAAAUCCAGAGAAAAAGUGA